UUCUUCAAAUUCUCUGCUUUUCCUUUCCAACUUCCUAUUUACCACCAAAAGCCUCUUCUCCUUCUCUUAGCAAUUCUCCACUACUUCUCUUAUACAAUACUCAGGUCGUUUCAUAUUUUGUGCAAUGGAUUGUUCAGGCGCCACCAAAAGUCCUUUUGAUUGCCUAAUUUUUGAUUUGGAUGACACUCUGUAUUCUUCAAAGCUUGGAAUAGCAGAAGCUUUAAGGAAAAACAUAGAUGAUUUUCUCGUUGAGAAAUGUGGAUUUGCACAGGACAAAGCCUCAAGUCUUCGAGUUGAGCUUUUCAAAACUUACGGCAGCUCUCUCGCCGGUUUGAGGGCAUUAGGCUACGAUAUAGAUGCUGAUGAUUACCACAGUUUCGUGCACGGAAGAUUGCCCUACGAUUUAAUCAAGCCAGAUGGUCAAUUACGCAACAUCUUACUAAGCAUUCCCCAAAGAAAAUUAAUAUUCACCAAUUCAGAUAGAAAUCACGCGAUGAAGUCCCUGGAAAGACUUGGAAUUGAAGAUUGCUUCGAUCAAAUCAUAUGCUUUGAAACUAUGAAUCCAAACUUAUCAAGAUCUACUCGUCCGGAUGAGUUUCCUGUUCUUCUCAAGCCAUCAAUUGAUGCCAUGAAGAUUGCUCUCCACGUUGCUGACAUCAACCCUUCCCGCACUUUGUUUCUUGACGACAACGUACGUAAUGUGGCAGCUGGAAAAGCUAUGGGGCUGAGUACGGUUCUGGUCGGAAAAACAGUGAAGAGUAAAGAAGCUGAUUAUCUUUUGGAGUAUGUAAUUAAGCUACCACAAGUGAUUCCUGAAAUUUGGAUGAGUGGAGAAGAUAGUGGUGGUGAUGGUAGAAGAAUUAGUCGGACUAGAAGUGAAAUGGAUUCCAUUCUUGCACCCACACCAGUCGGAGCUUAGUCUUCUAUUCAAAAUCCCAAAUCAAAGUGACUCUUUGUUACUCAUUAAUUUGGGUGGCUGGGUUGGCACUACUUACAGUGUACAUGUACCAAAAUUUGAUGAAGAACUUGUCAUCAAAUGUGCAUAUAUGUUAAUUAUAUGUGUAAAUGGUAUGUCCAUAUAUAUAUAAUAAAAGUUGUAUCUGCUUGCUUGGAUCA